CAGCACAGACGCCCACAAAGACUGACAGACAGACGCGCUAUAAAAACAGCCAGACGAACUGAGCAAGGGACAAAACUCCGCAACGGACAUCGAUGCUUAGUACUUUAUCAAAGGGAUGAUCUGAUCUUGAGAUUGUUUUCUUCUUUGGCACCAGGCUUUGCUGAAUUUGUGUCCUGAAUGUUGUCUAUGGAGGAUCUCUGGAUAACUGUACGACAAGGAAAUGUAUGUUCAGGUUGUUAAGCUGGACUUGGAGGGAGAUCGAAACUAUGAAGCCUAUUCCUAAGGACCUCAGGGCUCAGUGAUGUUAGCUUUGAGCCACUUCAACUGCUCAGCCACCCCACUCCUCCCUCAUAUUUCUAAUGACAGUGUGGGAGAGUUAGAGGCCAGGGUGGCUGUUGAAGAGCUGUCACAACAUGGAAACCUCACCUUGUUGCAGCCCACCACCAGCGGUGUUAUUGUGGUCAUAUUGUCCAUGACAUUGGGCAUAAUCUCCAACAUUGUGGCUCUUUUCAUCCUGGUAAAUGCAUAUUCCCUACAGCGCCGGCGCACCAAAGCCAUUUUUCUUCUAUUUGCCACGUCACUGGUGGUCACAGACUUCAUCGGCCACCUGGUCCCCGGCGCCCUGGUUCUCAGACUCUACCUCUCAGGGGGCAUGCACGCAGAGGACCUUAACUCUUCUGACAGGAUGUGUCAGUUCCUGGGUGGCAGUUUGGUGUUCUUUGGCCUGUGCCCUCUCUUCAUGGGCUGUGCCAUGGCUGCUGAGCGCUGCCUUGGGGUCACUAAGCCACUGUUGCACUCAUCCCUGGUCACCAAAACCCGCGCAAAGAUCUGCUUGUCUGUCAUCUGGCUGGCAGCUCUGUGUGUGGCCCUGCUCCCCUGCAUACAGCUGGGCUCCUAUACCUAUCAGGACCCAGGGACCUGGUGUUUUAUUAAAGUGCUCAGUGACACUGCAGAGGUGGAUGUGGCAUUUGUGGCUAUGUUCUCCGGACUGGGUUUGACCUCGCUAACUGUGUCCUUGGUGUGUAACACAAUCAGUGGACUAACACUGGUGCUCAUUCGGCUCAGGAGGCAGCCAGGUUCUCAACACUCAGCCAAGUCCCAUGACAUAGAGAUGGUGGUGCAGCUGGUAGGCAUCAUGGUCACUUCAUGUAUAUGCUGGUGUCCUCUGCUGAUAUUUGGCCUGAUGUCUGUGAUCCGCUCAUACACAGGAUCCAUUGGUAAGGACCUUUCCAGCUAUCAAACUCUGAUGGUGAUGGGCGUGCGUCUAGCCACAUGGAACCAGAUCCUCGACCCCUGGGUCUACAUCCUGCUACGCCGCACCGUUCUUCACAAGAUCUACCUCAUUACUAAGUGCCAGGCUGGCCUUAGAGCUAAUAUGAUAGGCCGCUGGGAGCCAUCUUUUCAAAGCUCAGAGAAGAAUGAAGUCAACCAAGUCUGAGCUCAGAAAAAGAGACUGUUAUAGAACUGUGUGGAUGUAUUUAGUCAUCAGUUCAUUGAGCAUACAAAUAGCUACAUGGAAGAAAGGGUACUUAUCUAACUUUGUGACUGGGAUGGUCGAGCAACUUGCAUCUAGUUGGAACAUUUCUUGGCUGGUCCACUUUUGAAAUGUUUAAAACUUCAAAGAAUUUCUUUUAUAGUCCUUUUGAGUUUACCGGUGUGUUAAUGGACUGAUCCUUAAAAACUGAAACUAGCUAAUGCUAUGAUUUUGCACAAAAAUGCAUCAACGUUCUUCUAUUUAAGUACGCAUUCCUCCUUGUUUUUGUUGUUAUUAUUAUUAUGACACUCUUGGCCAUACAACCAUAUGAACAUAGUAUAUGAAGUGUUGUACUUACAGUAUAUGAGCCAGGCUCUGUCCAGACACAGUAAGGUUUCUAGGAUUGAAACUUAAAGUGGAGCUGACUGUUAUAUUUUCAUUUUUAAACCAGCUUAAAAAUCAUAAAUGACUUGCACUUACACAAGUUAGACACAUGAACGAGAAUGGGGGUCCAUUAAUAGAACUAACUCGGUUGUGAGAUUGCACUGUUCGUAAUUCUGCUGAAUGUAUCCCAUGAAAAAAUAGCCGAAUACUGUAGAAUGUGUUUUCUUUGCACCUUUAAUGGUUAACGCAGUGCUUAAUGUGAAAUAUUAUACAAUUUAACAUCAAUACUUGAAGGUAAACAUAACAUUUACAGAUGGCAUGUAAAUAAAACAAUGAAAUGUC